AUGGUUCAGUCUCUCCCAUUCCUUCACAUGACAGCCUUCUCGACGCACAUCGCUGGUGGGAACCCCGCCGCGGUUGUCUUCCUAACGCCCGAACAAAACUCCCUCAUUACCGACGAUACUCGUCAAGUCAUCGGCGCCAACUGGUAUCAGCCAAUGACUGCGCUUGUAGCUCCCCGCCCCAUACCUGAAGGCCUCGGUCAGGACAAUGUACGCGCGUUCGACGUCAAGUAUUACACCGCCAAUAUCGAGAUCGGCUUAUGUGGACAUGCGACACUAUGCGCUGCAUCCGCGCUGUUCGAUCACCCUACCCUGACCACGCCGACCACUACUGUUCUGGAGUUCCAUGCUAAGAAUGGACGCAUCGUUGCUCGAAAGUUAGAGGACGGACUUGUCGAGAUCGAGCUCCCUGUGGGCAGACACGAACCUCUUGCCGCUGAAGACCCGCGCGCCGUGGCACUUCGAGCUGCGCUCGCUAGGGCACUGGGGCCGGACGUGAAGGUCAACUUCAUGGGCGCUGGACUAGCGCAUCUUGAGAUCUACUGCUUGAUCGAGAUUGAGACCGACGAUCUCCGGAACCUCAAAGUCAAGGUCGGGGAACUGAUCGAUUCCCCCUUCACCGCACAUGUCCUGACCAUGCCUUCUCGCGACCCCUCCGUUGCCUUCAUAUCACGUAUGUUCGCUCCAGCAGCCAUGAUCCCGGAGGACCACGUUUGUGGUACGGCCCACUCGAUGAUGACGCCGUAUUGGGCCGUCAAGGCGGGACUCAAGGACCAGCUCGCGAGCGACGGCGUGCGCGCUAUUCAAGUCAGUCCACGCGGAGGCGAGCUGAAAGUGUGGCUCGACGAGCAGAAGGGAGUCGUGAAACUGGCAGGGCCAGUGGCAACGAUAUCGACAGGGGAGCUGUAUGUGUGA